AUGGGGGUAUACGAAGAAGGGAGUUUGUGGGUUGUGGUCGUGGUGAUGCCGGAGAUGGGCGGGGCGGUGGGAUCGAUAUAUAUAUAUAUCGUGGAGAGGGAGAAAGAGAUGGUUGACAGCAACACUGGAUCUUUGCUUCGCGCUUCGCUGAACAGUCUUUGUAAGAAGCAGGACUACGUCCACGCAUCGCACACGAACCAUCAUUUCCUGCCUCCUCAUUCCAAGAUCAAAAGCCAUCGAUUUCGGAACUGCGAACACCGCAAAUUCCAACGGUCUACCAGCACUGCACCCGCACUGCACCGCACCGGCCUCCCUCACCACAUCCACCCCGCCCGGAACCUCUCCAUUGAUCCGUCCGAGCAAAAUCAGCGUACCCCAGCACGCCGCUCCAGCACACAUCAAGAAACAGCACCAUCACACGCCUCGAGCAAAACCCGGGCUCCCGCACCCCGCGCCAGAACCCCAGCUCAACAUCCCCUGUCCCAGGACACAGGACAAGAUUCAGCACUCUCCCGACCUCGCGCCAUCCCAGACAUUAGAUCUGGCAUCUGUCGCCUGCGUCCCCGAUCUCGGUCUCGGUCUCGAUUCCAAGUCCCCAGAACCCGGGCCGUACCGCUUUGGCCCGGAGUCCCGAGUCCCGAGCCCCAGUCCCAGUCCCAGACCCCAGCCCUCCACCCACACCACCCUCUCUUAGAAUUAGAUAGAAGCCAUGGUUCCACUAGCCUUCACCGCCGGCCUCGGCCCGCGCAUGCACAGCCCCGGCUCGGCGCCGCUGUCGGCUUCUCCGCCUUCUUCUGCGUCGUCGAAUGGGGCGUCGCUGAAUGGUUCUGCGUCUGGCUCUGCGUCUGGGUCUGGGCCUGGGUCUUCAAGCAGCACGACGCCGGCGACGACGGGGGGGCGGUAGGCAGGGUAUUAGUGUUCCGUGGCAGGCUGGGGUGGAAAGGUGUCUUGGUAGCGGUUGGGGCUGUGGUUGUGGUGUAG